GUCCUUUUGCCCGAACAGCCCGAAUCCUUCCAUCUCGGACGGUGUUUUGGUGCCAGUAUCAGCGCUCCAUUAGUUUUCGUCGGGCAGUGCAUCGAAACGGUUCGCCUAGUGAGACAGUGAGCGUUUCGCGUGUGGCGAAUGAAACAACCGCGUUGCGUUUCGCGCUAAGGAUCACGCGGGUUUUACGGGCAGUGUUCUAGCCUCAGGUUCACGUGCGUUUCUUUCCGUUCUCGCUUGUUUUGCGUUUUCCUUUCUGUUUUUUUUUUUGGCAAACCUGUCCAUCUGUCUAUCCGACUGUCAGUGUUUUCAUGUCGGUCUGUCUGUCUAGUGGAGUGACGGGGUAGAACGCAUGUAUGCGUGUGGUUGUUUGAUGUGAAUGUGUGUUCUUAUAUGUGUGUGUGUGGAUAAGUGUGUGCAGCGAUAAAGCUUAGCGAGUUCUGUGACUAAACGUGGCGACUGGGUAGAAAUUCGGAAGAUUUUUACCUUCUUGCCCCAGUUGUUGGCCUUCUCGUCUUCGUUCGCGGCACAAUUUGCCAACCGGGAAAACGCAACGAAGCAGAAGUGGGUUCGCGUUCGCUGUCUCGGUACCACGGUCUUGAACCUUGUUUGAUCAAGACGGCCGCUGUUGCUUCGUGACCGUGUGCCUAUCCGCGUUCGCCGGUUUGCUUGUCAUUCGCCAUUAAUUUACUUCGCUCGCACAGUGUUUGUCAGUGCACCGUGCAGAUAGUAGUGUGAUUGGGAUUGGGAUGAAAUACAUGUGUCGCCAGUAGCAGCAGGGUGAGGCCGUGUGGUAAGGCCACGGUGAAGAUGUGUUGUACGGUGCAGUGCGUUUAGUUGUUCCGGAUCCGGGUUUCAUUAGGGUUGGGGUCGGAGAAAAGGCAAAUGUCAUUAGCGUUUGAUAUACGCUAAAACCCGGUUAAAGCAGAUCGAUCGGUGGAGGCGCCCAGUACGCCACAACCUUUGCCGCCUUGUGUGUCGGGAAAGAUAAUCGGGCUCGGGCGUGUGGUUGGAAACGGAGCCGCGCGGUGAUGUGAUUAUAACUGAUUGCUAGCAGAUCGUGGUACGAUUUUGAUGUUCGGUGUAAAUGUGCGGAGUGACGCGUCUUCAUCCAGAGCAAAGGAUUUAAUCCUCCUCUGCCAAAGGGAACGUGUGGAUUAUGAUUAUUUUUACUGAAAUGAGGGUAACAUCGUCGUCAAUCCUGGGAGUGUGCUGUUAGACCCGGGUUGAUUCAGAGAGUCAGUGAGUGGGUGUUUGAAGAGAUAACCAAAAAAACGGUACCCUUUACUACACAGAACAGUCUUUGUGGAAGGGUUUGCCAAGAAAAAGGAUUAAGGAGCAACUUUCUGCAACAAAGCAGAUAAGCUUCACCACAAGCAGUAACAUCCACUGGAAACUUCGUCCCAUUGUCCGGUAAACGGGCCGGCACGGGGAACGAUGUUACCCCGAUGGAAAGUCUUCGUAUCGCUCGUUACGAUUGGCCUGCUGCUCGUACCAUGUCACUGCAACUUGCCGCCGGUAUUCACCCAGGACAUGAACAAUCUCGCCCUGUCCGAGCAAACGCCGGUCGGGACGGUCGUGUACAGGCUCGAAGGGUACGACCCCGAGGGCGGUAACGUUUCGUUCGGUUUGAUCGGUUCGGAUAACUUCAUCGCCGAUCCGAUCUCGGGCGAUGUGCAGGUGAUCAAGGAACUCGAUCGUGAGGCGCAGGAUACACUGUCCUUUUCCGUGUCGAUACGGGAUCGGGUUAGUGCGACCGGCAUCGAGUCCGAGAAUGACAACAUCGUCAACGUUCCGAUCACUAUCAUCGUGCUGGACGAGAAUGAUAAUCCGCCCGAGUUUCAGCAUGUACCGUACGAGACGGAAGUGCUGGAAAAUGCUUUACCGGGCACGACCAUAUUCGACGGCAUACUGGUGACGGACCGGGACACCGUAGGCGAGAAUCUGGAUGUUUCCUGCAUUCCACAGCCCCACAAUCCGGACGCGUGUGAAAAGUUUGCCAUCGAGGUGACGGAGAGUCAGCAGGACCGGUUGACGGCAGCGGUCGUGCUGAAGCAGCCACUGGAUUACAACGAUCGGAUGAUCUACCAGGUGCUGCUGGAUGCUAGCGACGGGCUGUACAAUGCAUCGGCCGGGCUGGAGAUUCAUGUGCGUGAUGUGCAGAAUGCACCGCCCGUAUUCCAGGGUUCACUGGCAGCAGUAAUCAACGAGGACAGUCCCAUCGGGACGCUGGUGAUGGUCAUCCAGGCACGGGACGGUGAUCGAGGCCAACCGAGAAAGAUAGUUUACGAGCUGGUGACGAAUCCGAUGGAUUACUUCCUGCUAGACAAACACACCGGUGAGCUGCGAACGGCCAAACCCCUGGACAAGGAAGCUCUCCCGGAUGACACCGGUCUAAUCAUAUUGACGGUGAAGGCUCGCGAAGUGGUCGAUGGUGUGCCGGGCAAUGAUAACCUGACGGUCGCCACCACCCAAGCAUCGAUUACGAUCCGCGACGUGAACGAUUCACCGCCCAUGUUCAACAAAACCGAGUACUUUGUGUCACUGUCGGAAAAUACGGCCCCCGGUACGCCACUGCCGCUCGAGAUCAGUGUGCGCGAUCCGGACGUGGGUGAGAAUGCGGAAUUUUCGCUACGCCUCAACGACGUCUCGAAUGUGUUCGACGUGGAACCGAAGCUGGUUACGGGCUCGUCGCAGAUAAGCAUUCGCGUCGCUAAUGGCACCCUUGACUACGAGAACCCGAACCAGCGCAAGUUCAUCGUGCUGCUGAUAGCGGAAGAGACCAGAACGAACCCGAAGCUAUCGUCGACCGCGACGCUGACCGUGUCCAUAACGGAUGCGAACGAUAAUCGGCCCAUAUUCGAGCAGGAUUCCUACUCGACGACUGUAUCCGAGACGGCACAUCCGGGCCAUCUGAUAACGACGAUCACGGCGAAGGAUCUCGAUUCGGGUCUGUACGGUGAUCAGGGCAUACGGUACUAUCUGUCCGGUACGGGAUCGGAGCUGUUCUCGGUCGACGCGAUAACCGGUGCCAUCUCGGUAGCGGACUGUCCGGUGCUGUCGGUGGGACAAUCGGCAACCGGACCGGUUGUACGACGCCGUCGACAAAUACCGACCCUGUCCGACCUGCAGCACGAGUAUCCGGACCGGAAUCAGCUGAACGCGUCGGCCCGGGGCGUCGAGUAUAUGACGUACCGCAUUGUCAACAGCGGCGAAUCGAACGAAUUUCACGACGUCAACGUAAUCGCACCGCCCACCAUAUCGACACUGUACGACAGCUACGAAACGACCACAGCCGACCAGCUAGACCAACGAACGGACCGGAGCGACCUGGUCGACCUACCGACCACCGUCCGCAUUGAACCGCUGCACACGAACGACAUACAACACCCCCGGCAACCGAUUGGCCCUGGCAAGGCGCCCUGUCUGGACUACGAAACGCAAUCGGUCUACUACCUUUCCUACCGUGCCACGGACGAUGAAGGCCGGGGACAAACAUCCGUCGUAUCGGUGCGCAUCAGUUUGCUCGAUGCGAACGAUUCGCCGCCGGUUUGCGAAAGCCCGCUGUAUCGGGCAUCGGUCGAUGAAGGCGCAUCGGUGUUUGAGCCACCGCUCAUCAUUAGGGCCCGGGAUCCGGAUGUCGUUUCCGAAAUCAACUACCGGAUCAUUGGCAACGAAGCCGUCACACGGCAUUUCGAAAUCGAUAAACGCACCGGCCAGCUGACGAUAUCGAAAUCGGUAGCGCUCGACGUGAACCAUCUGAAGUCGGAAAACGUGUUCUUUGGUGUUGAGGCUACCGACGGACUGUACACGACGCUCUGCAACGUGAACAUCACCAUCCGGGACGUUAAUAACCACGCACCACAGUUUGCACGGGAAAACUAUCUCACCUCGAUCGAGGAAAACUUUCCAAUCGGAACCAUAGUGGAGCGCUUGCAGGCCAUCGAUUUGGAUACGGGAAUCAAUGCGGAGAUCAGGUAUCGUAUCCAGCAGGGUAGCUUUGAUGACUUUACCAUCGACAAUACGACCGGAGUGGUGAGCAUCGCUCGCAAGCUCGAUUUCGAUCGGCGCAAUACGUACCAGAUGGAGAUCGUGGCGUCCGAUUCCGGCACACCGAGCCUGUCCGGUACGACCAUGCUGACGGUCAGCAUCAUCAACAGCAACGAUAAGGCACCGUACUUUACGCCGACCACGCAACGGGCCGAGGUCAGUGAGGAUGCACCGAUUGGCACGCUGGUGCAUACGCUGGUGGCCGUCGAUCCGGAUGUGGCAUCGAGCGAAUCGCUCGAUUAUGCGGCCACCGAACCGAUAACGGCGGUGGAUAAGAACGGAAAGGAGGUCGGUGAGAUGGAAGAUUUUAAGGAUAUGUUUAUGAUCGAUCGGUCCGGCAAAGUGUUUGUUAAUCGACGGUUGCUGCGGGACAGCUUUGCGGUCAUUCGCAUCACCGUACUCGUCACGGAUACGACAGCGCCAUCGAUACAGCAGGGCGAAGGGCUGCUCAUCAUCACGAUUACGGACGUUAAUGAAGAGCCACCGCUCUUUGCACCGCCCUGGACACCGGAGAAUCCACACUACCACUAUCAGGUGGUUGAGGAGCAACCGAUCGGCACCAUCCUGACGACGGUGCAAGCAACAGAUGCCGACUCAACCAUUGCCGAAUACCGGAUGACGGACAACAGCUUUUUCGAGAUUCACAACACCACAGGGCUGGUACGGAGCCGGGCUCGCAUCGACUACGAGACAGCGCCGGUGAUAAAGUUCAACGUGUCCGUCGUCGAUACGGGCGUGCCGCAGCUUACCUCGACGGCCCAGUUCACGGUGGAUGUGGUUAACACGAACGACAACGAUCCGGAGUUCGAGCAGGCCGAGUAUAUGUUGCAGGUGCGCGAGAACAGCCCGGUGGGGACGGUGGUUGGUGUGGUGCGGGCACACGAUGCGGACGCCGGUUUGUACGGUCAGCUGACGUACACGAUCGUGGGUGAUCAUAGUGGGAACUUUGCGAUCGAUCCGGACACGGGCGCCAUCACGGUGCACAACGCAUCGGCGCUCGAUCGGGAAGCGGAACAGGAGGCAAGCCUGACGGCGAUUGCAACGGACCGAGCACCGGAAGGGAUGAGCCGAUCCACCACGGUCCCGGUGCAGAUACGGAUACUGGACGAGAAUGACAAUGGGCCGACAUUUUCGCAACAGAUCUACCAUGCGACGGUGGCGGAGAAUGCGGCCCUGCAUCCACCGGCGGCCAUUUUGCAGGUAACGGCAACCGAUCCGGACGAGGGCCCAGCCGGGGACGUCAAGUACGCCAUUCUGUCGGAUAAUGUGGGAGGCAUUUUCCGGUUGGACGCUAACUCGGGCAUCCUCUAUCCUGGGGCCAGUUUAAUUGGAAAAAGUGGUCAAUACCGCAUCGAUAUCGAAGCGCGCGAUGGAUUAGGUUCGGGACCGCACAACGACGCAGCCACAAUAGUGAUCGAAAUCCAGAGCAUCAAUCAGCAUCGUCCCGUGUUCAUCAUGCCGGCACUCUACAAUGCCACGGUCGAAAUACCGGAGAAUCUCGCCACGCCCGAUUACUUGGUGAUGACCGUCAAAGCAACCGACAACGAUUCCGGAUCCAACGGCAAAGUCCUGUACUACCUUCAGGUGAAUAGCGUGAACGUGCAGGAAACGGACGAGUUCAGCAUUAACGAAAUGUCCGGUGAGUUGCGUAUCCGGCGCCAGCUAGAUCGGAAACGCCAGUCACGCUACGAACUCAUCCUGGUCGCCCGUGACCAGGGUACGCCUGCCUGGUUUGAGACGCUACGCUUUCUCACCGUGCUGCUGGUGGACGUGAACGAAAACUAUCCCGAGUUUCCGGACGCCUCGAAUCCGUACAAGUUCUUCAUCACCGAAAAUGGGGCGCGAGACGUGCGCAUCGGCAAGAUACAGGCCUUCCUCGACAGUCCCAACCCGGCCAUCUUCUACUACAUGCUGCUCGGCAACGAGGACGGUGCGUUCUACGUGGACAAGACGAGCGGUGACCUGUACACGAACCGGUCCAUCGAUCGGGAAGUGAACGAUAUGUACGUGCUGUACGUGCUCGCCAGCAAGCAGUCCGAUCUGUACAUUAGCGAGCACGAACGUGCCCUGCUGUCGCUGGAACAGCUGGAACGGAACGCAACCGUGGCGAAGGUGUGGGUGCACGUGCUGGACAUUAACGAUAAUGCGCCAGUUUUCAAGCGUGAUGUGUACUACGCCGGCAUCAGCUCGAAGGCAUCGAUCAACGAGCUGGUAACGAUCGUUAAUGCGACCGAUCGUGAUUUGGGCGUGAAUGCGACGCUGGAUUUGUUUAUACGCGGCUCGUACCUUUAUAAGUACGGAGCUAGCAAAACGACCGGCAGCAUUGUACCGAGUCCGUUCGCUAUCUCGAAAGAGGGCCGAGUGGUGACCGCCAACUAUAUGGCGGAGUACAAUCAGGAUCGGUUCGUGUUGGAGAUCGUUGCGAAGGAAGUUGAAUCACCGGAGCGUGAAGCGGCGACCCGGGUGCACGUGUGGAUCUUCAAUCCGGAGCAGUUGGUGCGCAUGAUACUGUCGCGUCCACCGUCCGAGGUGCAUCAGGAUCGGGACGAGAUCGUGUCGGAGCUUGGCAAUGCCACGCAACGGUUGAUUAUUGUCGAUGAAAUCCGGUACCACGUGGAUAGCCAUGGACGCAUUCGUAUGGACUGGUGUGAUAUGUACUUCCACGCGGUCGAUACGACGACGCAGAUGAUCGUUCCGGUUGAGGAAAUUCUGCGGGAAAUUGACGCGAAGUACGAUUUUCUUCAGGAUUACAAUGCGGGAUUCUCGAUAAUGAAUGUGGUGCCGGCUUACGCUACAGUGACGCAGGACGAGUUUGACCUAGCUUUGGCAGCAUUGAUCGCACUGUUCAUCGUGCUGUUCGUAGGGGCAGUUAGUGUCAUCGUGCUUUGCUGUUGUUUGAAACAUUGGUCGAUCACGAUACCGAGUGAAACGAGGCGAAAGGAUGCACUGAUCAAAAAGCAGAUCAUUGAAGAUUUAAACACAACCGAAAACCCGCUCUGGAUAGAACAGAAGCUCAAGCUGUACGAAGAGCAGGAGCUAACGAUGCAGGUAUUCUCCGAGCCGGAAAUGUCCCAGCAGCAGUCGAUGAACAACUCGAACAGCACCAACAGCUCGCAAGAUCCAUCCUCACAGCUUUCGCUCACGCUAGGGCUCGAGCAUCACCAUCCGCUGCAUCAGCAGCCUCCACCGCAUCUGUCACAGCAUCGUCGCGAUUCGUACGAUCUGUCACAGGCCGGUGAUAAUACGUACGCCACGAUACAGCCGCGCAACUACGGCACCAGCAAUCUGAGCACGGUGCUGGGCAGCUCGAUCGUACCUCCGGCCGGUCUGAGCUCAUCCGGCGUCACAAGCACCAGUGCAACGAGCUCGAGUGAAGUGGCGGACUACGCUACGCUGCGCAACAGUCGAGCACCUUCGCAACUGUUCGAGUUCCGUGGUUCCACGUUUCAGGUGCAACAACCCGGCGGUACCGAUCAGCCCGAUUACGUGACGGAGCUUAUGUAGGAGCUUGCUGUGCCGUGGUAUCCACCAUCCCAACGGAGCCAUGCGGGAUUGUUCCGUUGUAGUGAAGUAGAGUAACUAAAAUAAGUAGGGAGAGUUUUUUUGUAGAGAGUUCUUUUACUCUGACCUUCUCAACAUUCCGGAAGUCAUAGAGUGGUAGGCAUAGGGUGCACAGAGCCGGAGCGACCUGACAGUGACGAGUUUACGGAGGUGUUGGUAGUGCUGCUGAACAGCUACCUUGAGCAGUGUGUCUCGCACAAAUCGUGCUCAAUUUCGUCUCACCUUGGUAUAAGCAAGAAAGUGGGGAAAACAAACAACAAGACUUAAGUAAAACUUGAUGACGCACAAGCUCAAAAUGGAUGAGCGAAUUACGAGAUUACAUGAUAGAGACAAUAAAUAGAUUUUAUUGAGCUGGGUUGUUGCCGCCACGUAUCAGAACCUUUGGCCGGGGAUCAGGCCUUCGGGACGGAUUGGAAACAGAGAAGAGAGCACAGACACACGCAUUAUGUGUGCUUCCAUCAAUUAAUUUAUUUUCAAUCAUUAUCACACCAUUACCUUUACCCUUACGCAGAAUUAAUCAUUCGUGCGUCGGCCGUUUUUUUGUUGUUGUGCCGGAGCAUUUAAAAGCAUCCCACGCGAGACAAAAGGUGAUGCAGUUAUCCGGUAUUAUGUUCCAUUGCGCUUAAAAAAAACAUCCACACACACACACACACACACACAGACACGAUGGCUCUCCUCUCCCCCAUUGUACAACAUCAUUGUUAAACAUGAUGGUGAAAACGGUGCAACAUGUCACCCGUUAGCCGCUCGAUUGGUGGUCAAUUCAUUAGCGUCCGCAAUUUUACGCUUCAUGCUCAUUAUUCUUCUGGAUUCCAUCGCAUGCAAUACGGCCCCCACGAUAACGGUGUAGUGGCAUUGUGGUGGCAAAAUUAAUGUGAAGGAAAAAUAAUGGUGGCCAAAAGUAGCAAUAGUAGCAACAACAAAAAAAAUAAAACGGAGGCGGGAAAAAUCUACAUCACACGAGGCCUUUCCCCGGGCCGGGACACACAAUUGAUUGUUGAUCCUAUAAGCCGCACAACGUGCCGUUUAAUCAUUUCCGUUCGGUUGCCUCGUGAAGCAUCACCCUUGCGCCCAGCACCCUUUCUCUCUAUUUAUCAUGCGUCAUAAUUCGUUAACUUUAACCUCAUUUUCAUUCAUUAUAAUUUACGCCGUACAAUGUGUGUGUGGGUGCGUUUGGGAUAAUUUUUUUUUGUUCGUUUGGUUCCUACCAGCUACCGCCCUUUAAACAUUGCUUUGAAUGUGUUCAAUUAAGCUGAUGAAAGGAUCCCAAUUGAAAAGUGGAGUAGCUCGCUGUACUCUUUAGCCAGCUUCUUGUGAGGGUUAAGCAGCAGGAGCGAAAUCGAUUCGGCUUGAUGUGCCGGUAAUCGUGGUUUUGUAAUGACCAGGAUACGACUUUUAAUUAUCAUCACUGUCUCCUUGCUCACAUCCUUGUAGACACCGUGCCAAACCUUAAAUCAUCCUUUCCCACUGUUCCCAACCGAGAUGCCUGAUCCCGUGCCAAAGUUCGCAUAGGCGGCCGAUUACAACCACAACAAAUAGAGUUCGCGCGCGCGCGAGAGAGAGAGAGAGAGAGAAGGAAACAAGUAGUGUACAUAAUUAUAUUAAUGAAUGAAUAUGUUUAAAAACCGAUUGAAAUCAAUUAAUCGGUUCACAAAGCAAAUGGUGGCCAAUCAUCAUGCGCCAUUCAGGUACGGGCGAGAGUUUUUUUUAUUUAUUUUUUUUUUGGGGAUUAACAACAAGUGAAGUCAACUCGUUCGGAAUAGAACAAAACGGUCACACAAGACACAACGUAGUGCGGUUGUAAUGUACAAUGUGAAAACAAUGUACAAAAGCAAGUGUUUCGCUUUGUGAGUUGAGUGAUUGGUGCAGGUAGGAUAGAGUGUGCUCAAAAAGUAGAAGACGUUGUUGUUUUAAAUUCUAAAUUGUUUUUACAUCUGCACUCACAAGUAAACUACUUAUGUGGUAAGUUAUGAAAAAUUCGUUUUACUAUUUUAUUUAUGUUGAAUACGUAUUUCUGCAUUGAACUGUGCUCAAUGGUUUCUGUACAGUGCGUGUGUGUAUUUGUGAGAUUUCUUCCAGAGCAGAGCGCGGGAAGGAGUCGUUAGGCGUGUGACGAAAUGGAAAGAAAAAGAAACGUUAUAGAAUAAGUUGAUAAACAGAACCAUACACAAAACAACCACAGACAAUUGUACGAGUUGUAACACAAUCUUAGGGAGAAAUAAAAGUUUUUAAACAAAUCAA